CUCGGUGAACAGGAUUUUACCCUACAGAAAUCCAGAGUCUGACAGCUGCGCUAACUCUUUCCUUGACACUCGACACCAAACAGAAAUUUCACACAUUAACCUCCACUGUUCUCCAAUCUCUUCAAAGAAGACCCAACACUCCUCCCUUCUCCCUCCACCCAGAUCCAUACAACAACCUUCCCACAUCCAACCUCCAAAAAAAUGCUUCUCCUCGAAGUCGAACGCAAAUUUCCCCGCCUCACCAUAAAACUCCACCUCGCUCCAGCCUACCACCAACCCCCCUUCCGUACCUUCAAUUACCUCGGAACCAAAACCCUACGCGACACUUAUUACGACUUCCCCUCCUCCUCCACCUCCACCAGCACGCACCCCCACUAUCUCUCCACCCAGGGGAUCUGGAUCCGUAAACGCAAUAAUACCUGGCAAGCCAAGAUCCGGCGCGGCGGGAACUACACCAACUCCUAUUUGGGGAAUAGGCGGAAAUACUACCAUGAGAAGGUUGCCCCAGCAUCGGACAUUGAUCUGUUUCUCUACGGCUUGGAUGAAGCACAGGCAAUCGAGAAGAUCAAGCAAAUUGAGGACAAAGUCAAGAACUCAAUUCUAUACGAGACAACCACAGUGCGAACCGAGAAUACUGUCACCAUCGUCUCGCAGUAUCCCACACGCCAUGUUCAGAUAGUGCUUCGCAUAUAUAAAUCCAUCGCGGAGAUCUUAACCGGUUUUGAUGUUGAUUGCGCCUGUGCUGCUUUCGAUGGGAAGCAAGUCUUCGUGUCUCCGCGUGCCCUUUCCUCAUAUAUCACCCAGAUAAAUACAAUUGACCUUUCCAGGCGCUCUCCUUCCUACGAAAACCGUCUCUCGAAGUACUCACAUCGUGGGUUCGAGAUAUUCCGGCCGGAAUUAGACCGAUCGCGAAUCGACCCAACAAUCUUCGAGCGAAGCUUUACCAGAAUGGUUGGCCUGGCACGCCUUCUGGUCCUCGAGAAGCUGCCGAAGUCGUCAGAUCGGGAAUCUUAUAUUGAACAAAGGCGACAGGAGCGGGGCCGGCCUGCUCCAAGAAACAAUAUAAGAUACCCGGCCGGUAACCUCAAGAAUGACUACGCUGAUGAGGUUCCCGAUUGGGAAGAGGGAGACGAGGUCUCUGAUUAUAAUACAUUUACAAUCCCUUACGGCCCCAGGUACAAAGCUCGAAAGGUCGAGAAUCUCCUUCAUACGAAAGAUCUGUUGCUCAACGCAGAGUGGAACAAGCCCAAGGACAGACAAGUUAAUCUCCACCGACACCCAGCGUUUUUUGGCGACGUCGUGGAUGUGAUUCAUGAUUGUUGCGGUUUUUGUCCGCAGCCGGAGACUGAGGAAGAGAAAGAGAUAGCAGAGAAAGAGAAAAAGCUCUAUGUUUCGGGGAACAUAUCAUUCCUUAAAGAUGAUCCAGGUCGUCAGGAGAUUGGUAGCUUUAACCCAAUUACGGAGACUGACUGGGCUGAAGAAAUGGCGUAUGUGGGCAACUUAGAGCAGCUGUGCCAGGCCAUCGUCAAUUGUGAUUUGGAAGGAGUCGCAGCGUGCCUCACAGAAGACAUGGUAGACCCUAACAACCGCGACUAUACGGGAAGAACGCCAUUGCACUUGGCUUGUUUGAUGUCCACGCCGGAAAUUGUGAAGUGCCUUGUUGACAAUGGCGCAAGUCUGGUCUCUCGCCUGGCCGACGGUCGGACAGCGCUGCACCUGGCUGCCGCUAGGGGAAGUUUGGAAAUCGUGAGAAUAUUAUUGCAGAAGAGCGAGCAGAACGAAGCAGAGCAAGGUCAGCCUGAUAUACGCCAAGAUAGAAAUGGGGGCAACGAGAGUGAGAUUGAGGAGCUGGCGCUGGUGGAGACCAAAGCUCCUACACCUCCGGAGCCGGACAUUUAUGACAUCAACGUCGUCGCUUGGGACACUCCCACUUCGGCGCUGCAUCUUGCUAUGCUAAAUGGUCAUGUUGACGUGGUGGACGAGCUUGUUGCCUCGUUCGGCGCUGAUGUGUUGUUGCCGGUUAAGCUGACACAUCCUUAUAGCAACACCCCAAGGGUUGCUAUUCUGAAUCUGGUCUUGGCACUUCAACUGCCUUUCGAAAAGGUUAAUACAAUGACUGAAAAGCUAUUGCAGCUCGGUGCACUUCCAACACAGGCGGACCUCGGCAACGUGACCGCAGUGCACUAUGCGGCUGCUUCCGAUUAUCCCGCCCUCUUGGAUCUCCAUUAG